AUGUCCGAUAGUCUGGAUAUUGAAGAGAAACCUCCAGCCCCACCGUUGAGAAUGAACAGCAACAAUCGCGAUUCUUCAGCACUAAACCAUAGUUCAAAACCGCUCCCCAUGGCCCCUGAGGAGAAGAACAAGAAAGCCAGGCUUCGCUCUAUCUUCCCAGGAGGAGGGGAUAAAACCAACAAGAAGAAAGAGAAAGAACGUCCUGAGAUCUCUCUUCCUUCAGACUUUGAACAUACCAUUCAUGUGGGAUUUGAUGCUGUCACUGGAGAAUUUACACCAGAUCUCUAUGGCUCACAGAUGUGCACAGGGAAGCUCCCAGAGGGCAUUCCAGAGCAGUGGGCCAGGCUACUACAGACCUCCAACAUAACAAAGCUGGAGCAGAAGAAGAACCCACAAGCUGUUUUAGAUGUUCUCAAAUUUUAUGAUUCCAAAGAAACGGUUAACAACCAGAAAUAUAUGAGCUUUACAUCAGGAGAUAAGAGCGCCCAUGGCUACAUAGAAGCCCAUCCUUCGAGCACAAAAACAGCAUCAGAGCCCCCACUAGCUCCCUCUGUUUCUGAAGAAGAGGAUGAAGAUGACGAGGAAGAGGAAGAUGAUAAUGAACCUCCACCUGUUAUCGCACCACGGCCUGAACAUACAAAAUCAAUCUACACACGCUCUGUAAUUGAACCUGCUGCUGCACCAGCACCAGCUAAAGAAGCCACCACUCCCCAGCCUGAAAACUCCAGCACAAACACGUUGUACAGAAACACAGACCGGCAGCGAAAAAAAUCCAAGAUGACAGAUGAGGAGAUCCUAGAGAAACUGAGGAGCAUUGUGAGCGUGGGAGAUCCUAAGAAGAAAUACACUCGGUUUGAAAAAAUCGGCCAAGGGGCAUCGGGAACUGUUUAUACAGCCAUCGACAUCGCAACAGGACAAGAGGUGGCCAUAAAGCAAAUGAAUCUACAACAACAGCCCAAAAAGGAACUAAUUAUUAAUGAAAUCCUGGUCAUGAGGGAAAAUAAGAACCCCAAUAUUGUUAACUAUUUAGACAGCUACCUAGUUGGUGAUGAGCUCUGGGUGGUUAUGGAGUACUUGGCUGGAGGCUCUUUAACCGAUGUUGUUACAGAGACAUGCAUGGAUGAGGGACAGAUAGCAGCUGUCUGUAGGGAGUGCCUGCAAGCACUGGAUUUCCUUCAUUCAAACCAAGUGAUUCACAGAGACAUCAAAAGCGACAAUAUUCUUCUCGGAAUGGAUGGAUCUGUCAAAUUGACUGAUUUUGGCUUCUGUGCUCAGAUCACCCCUGAGCAGAGUAAACGGAGCACAAUGGUCGGGACUCCUUACUGGAUGGCACCAGAAGUGGUGACAAGAAAAGCAUAUGGCCCCAAAGUGGACAUCUGGUCACUGGGGAUCAUGGCAAUAGAAAUGGUGGAAGGAGAACCUCCUUACCUUAAUGAAAAUCCUCUCAGGGCGCUGUAUCUGAUAGCUACGAACGGGACGCCAGAGCUGCAGAACCCCGAGCGACUCUCCGCCGUGUUCCGCGACUUCCUAAACUGCUGCCUGGAGAUGGACGUGGACAGACGAGGCUCUGCCAAGGAACUUCUGCAGCAUCCAUUUUUAAAAUUAGCCAAGCCUCUCUCCAGUCUGACUCCUCUGAUCAUUGCAGCAAAGGAGGCGAUUAAGAACAGCAGCCGCUAGCACUUCAGACUGGCUUUCUCCCAGGCCAGCUCAGAGCAGGACUGAGAACAAAAACUCUGUAAAACCUCAACUCUUGUGCUGCAGGACAGAUGGAUGGAUGAACAAACCAGCGGUCACAGUCAUGGUGGUAGGAGGGAGAACAACUGGUCCCUCAAGGAGUAAAAA